AUGAAGACCCUCUCUUCCUUCAAGCUGUUACCAACUAAAUGGCCGCUACGGAACAAGAAGCAGAAGAAGAAGAAACGGAAGACCACAAGAGAAAGCCAGGAGCAGCCACAGCAGCAAGCCUCAGUGGUCAGCAAUAUCAAGGGGAGCACUUCCCAUGCAUCACAGGCAAGAGCCCCCAGCAUCCCUAGGACAGCUGUCACAACCCAGGACAGGAAGAAAAUGUCCAGUGUGAGCAUGAGGCAGUACAGUGAGGUGGGAGGAAAGCAGGAUGAGGCCGUGCUGGAGCCAGAAGGGAAGGGGGACAGUGUUGGAGAGGUGAAGCCUCAGCUGCUGCCAGAGGAAAUCCACUUUCCAGAAGAAAUGCACUUUCCAGACCAGGAUCAGCUACCCCCAAAGGCAACCCACUUACCAGGCCAGGAUCAACAGGAGGCACUAGAGGAUGGGGCUGUGGAUGAUAUCCCAGGGGACACAGCUGACAUCCACACUGCAGAUUCCAAGGUGGGCAUCACAGACUUUCGCUCAGCCAAGGAGUUGCUGCUGGAAGUCUUAGAACACACCACAGAGGGGAUGGACACUGAGAAGAAUCAGAGCUCUGACCUGGGCACAGUGGUGAACUACUUCAUCUCGGAGCCAGAGGACUUGCUGUGUCUUGCUGCUGUGGAUGAUUCCUCUCUGGCUGCCCUUUCGCUGUCCUCGUCAGAGCCUGACAGCUUCAUGGAGAACCAGGCCUCGCUGCUGGAGGGAUGCCCUACUCCACCCAAAUAUUGCCCAAACCCUACCUUAGAGUACGAAGAUGACACCAAGGACAUAGAGUCCAUCCUGGAAUCUAUGACCAGCAAGGUCCUGACCAGCACUGAGAAGCUGGAAAACUCAGGACACAUGGGAGAGGACAGAGUUGCUGCCAUCAGUGAGGGCUCCAUCCGGCACACCCCACAGAUCCAUCCAGACCCAAAGAAGCUGAAAAGGAGAAAAGUGAAUGGGACAUAUCACAUACCCCUCAGGAGAGAACUGAGUGCAAAGCAGCAAAGAACACGACAAGGAAACAACAGAAAGUAUCUUGGAAAAAUCACUCAAGCAGCUUCAAUUCUGCCAGUGACAGAGGAAUGCUCUUCUUAGAAGUCUUCUUGAAGCUGGUGGAGUUGGCAGCUCUGCCCCAGAAAACUCUGCUUGACAUUAUCAG